UAUUUAUUCAGAGUUAGUUGAAAAUGAUGUGAUGACAUUUGCUGAUGAAUUUUUGUUGAUGCUUUCCCUAUUUUUGCUGUCCAAAAAGUCCCUUCCUCGUUCAUAUACCUACCUACACAUUUUUCUCUCACCAUCGACCAAUGAUACAAAAAUAUUUUUAAUUCAUCCUUUUAUUUAAAAUAAAAGUGUAUUUCUUCUCUUAAUUUCUCCAAAAAUUUUUUCAAAAAUAAUUGACCAUUUUGAGUCAUUUCUUGAAAAGAUAACGGACUUUCGCACUUGUUUGUGGACGUGACCGAAUCACAAAAAUCAGAAAAAAAUUUUUGGUUUAAUAUUCAGCAUUCCGGAAUUAAUUGAAUUUAUUUUACAUGUCAGGGCAAUCCAGGUACUUUUAGGCAGGUCUAGUCUUGCCUCAAGUAAUGACUCAAAUUGGUCAAUUAUUUUUGAAGAAAUUAAAAGGAAGAAAUGCAACUUAUUUCCCCGAUAUAUUUCCCGAUAUCCAAGACCCCCAUAGGUUUCCAAAAUUAAUUGAAAUUAUUUUCAGUUUGAGGGAAAUUCGUUCGCUUAAAAUAAUUGACCAUUUUGUGCUUAUCUAAAAUAAAUUUAAUCUGCUUUAAUAAAUAUGACAAAAUACCCUCAUUUGUUGCUUUAUAGUUCGUAGGGAUUGUUUCCAAUUUCCGGUGGGUAUUGUUGUGUGUUUGUGAACGGACACCUUUUUUUCUAUUAUUUUUAAGUUUAAUCCAAUUAAAAAAUUUUUUUCCUUUUUCCUCUCUUUCAUAGUGCAUGUAUGACCUUUAAAAUUUAUUUUAUACUUUUAUUGUGUUCAUGUUUAUUAUUAUUUUAAAUUAUUUUUCGACCAGUCACUCUUUUCUAAAUAAAUCGUGUUGAGCUAACUCGCGGAACGCCCAACUCACGGAAAUGACCAAAACACGGAAUAAUUUAAAAAUCGAAAUUUUUUGAAAAAUUUGAGUAUUUUAAAAAUAAGACUUUACAAAUUAGAAUGUUUUAAAUUUCUAAGUGGUCAUUCCGUGAGAUGUUUGCUCCGUGAUUUGGUGAUUUCGUGACUUGUCUGUUCCGUGACCUGUCUGUUCCGUGAGUUGGAAUUCCUCCUAUUUUUAUUUUUAUUUUAUGUACUUUUUCUCUUCCCCCAUUUUUCUCCUCUUCAUAAUUAUCCCCCAAAAACUUUUUUUGCUUCUUUCUUUGACUCGUUGAGUGGCUUUGCUUUUCUCCCCUCUUCAAUUCAUUUAUUUUUCCCUCAUUUUUAAAGGGUUUUCUUC